CCCCGCCCCGAGCCCGGGUCGCCCGUCCUUCCUUCCCCUCCCGUGCAUGAUGGAAACACCAUGGCUGCGGCUGCCCCGCUCUCUCUGACACAGUUAUCAAGUGGGAAUCCUGUGUAUGAAAAAUACUACAGGCAGGUUGAUACAGGCAAUACUGGAAGGGUAUUGGCUUCAGAUGCUGCUGCUUUCUUGAAAAAAUCCGGGCUUCCAGACUUGAUUCUUGGAAAGAUUUGGGAUUUAGCUGAUACAGAUGGAAAAGGUAUCCUGAACAAACAAGAAUUCUUUGUUGCUUUGCGGCUUGUAGCAUGUGCCCAAAAUGGAUUGGAGGUUUCACUGAAUAGCUUGAACCUGGCUGUUCCUCCACCAAGAUUUCAUGAUACCAGUAGUCCUCUGCUAACCAGUGGAACCUCUGCAACUGAGCUCCCAUGGGCUGUAAAAGCUGAAGAUAAAGCCAAAUAUGAUGCAAUAUUUGACAGUUUAAGCCCAGUGGAUGGAUUUUUGUCUGGUGAUAAAGUGAAACCUGUAUUGCUCAACUCUAAGUUACCUGUGGAAAUCCUUGGGAGAGUUUGGGAGUUAAGUGAUAUUGACCAUGAUGGAAAACUUGACAGAGAUGAAUUUGCAGUUGCCAUGUUUUUGGUAUACUGCGCACUGGACAAAGAACCUGUGCCAAUGUCCUUGCCUGCAGCCCUGGUGCCACCUUCUAAGAGAAAAACGUGGGUUGUAUCCUCUGCAGAAAAAGCUAAAUAUGAUGAAAUCUUUCUGAAAACUGAUAAAGAUAUGGAUGGAUUUGUGUCUGGAAUGGAGGUCCGUGAAAUAUUCCUGAAAACAGGUUUAUCUUCUACUUUACUAGCCCACAUAUGGGCAUUGUGUGACACAAAGGGCUGUGGGAAGCUUUCAAAGGAUCAGUUUGCCUUGGCUUUCCACUUAAUCAAUCAAAAGCUAAUAAAGAGCAUUGAUCCUCCUCACAUACUUACUCCAGAGAUGAUUCCACCAUCAGACAGGACCAGUUUACAAAAGAACAUCAUAGGAUCAAGUCCUGUUGCAGAUUUUUCUGCUAUUAAGGAGCUAGAUACCCUUAACAAUGAAAUAGUUGACCUGCAGAGGGAAAAGAAUAAUGUGGAACAGGACCUUAAGGAAAAAGAAGAUACUAUUAAACAGAGGACAAGUGAGGUUCAGGAUCUUCAAGAUGAAGUUCAAAGGGAAAAUGUUAAUCUGCAAAAAUUACAAGCCCAGAAGCAGCAAGUACAGGAACUCCUUGAAGAAUUAGAUGAACAGAAAGCCCAGCUGGAGGAACAACUCAAGGAAGUCAGAAAGAAAUGUGCAGAGGAGGCCCAGCUGAUCUCUUCUCUGAAAGCUGAAAUAACUAGUCAAGAAUCACAGAUCUCUACUUAUGAAGAAGAACUGGCCAAAGCUAGAGAAGAGCUGAGCCGACUGCAGCAAGAAACAGCAGAAUUAGAGGAGAGUGUGGAGUCAGGGAAGGCUCAGCUGGAACCUCUUCAGCAGCACCUACAUGAUUCACAGCAGGAAAUCAGUUCAAUGCAAAUGAGACUGAUGGAAAUGAAAGAUCUGGAAAAUCAUAAUGAUCAAUCAAAUUGUUGCAGUAGCCCACACAGCAUUCUUGUAAAUGGUGCUACAGAUUAUUGUAGCCUCAGCACCAGCAGCAGUGAAACAGCCAACCUUAAUGAACAUGCCGAAGGCCAGAGCAACCUAGAGUCUGAGCCCAUACACCAGGAGUCUCCCGCAAGAAGUAGUCCUGAACUACCACCUUCUGAUGUGACUGAUGAAAAUGAAGUACUGACUGCAACUGUUAGUGAGAAAGUUAGUCCUGAAUAUGAUAAUGAUGGACAUUCAAAAGAGGAAGAUCCAUUUAAUGUAGAAUCAAGUUCACUGACAGAACCAGCUGCAGAUACAAACUUGGAUUUUUUCCAAUCUGAUCCUUUUGUUGGCAGUGAUCCUUUUAAAGAUGAUCCUUUUGGAAAGAUUGAUCCAUUUGGUGGUGAUCCUUUCAAAGGUUCAGAUCCAUUUGCAUCUGACUGCUUCUUCAAACAAUCUGCUACUGAUCCUUUUGCCACUUCAAGUACUGACCCUUUCAGUACACUCAGCAAUAACAGUAAUACAUCUGGGGAAACAUUGAAGAACAAUGAUCCUUUUGCUCCUGGUGGAACGAUUGUUAUUGCAGCAACUGAUUCAGCUACAGAUCCCUUUGCUUCUGUUUUUGGAAAUGAAUCUUUUGGAGAAGGAUUUGCUGACUUCAGCACAUUGUCAAAGGUCAACAAUGAAGAUCCUUUUAGUUCAGCCACAUCAAGUUCUGUCAGUAGCGAGAUCAUCCCAAAAAAUAUGUCUGAGGAAACAUCAGUCAAGAGUGAAGAUGUACCCCCAGCACUGCCACCAAAGAUUGGAACUCCAACAAGACCCUGCCCACCACCACCUGGAAAAAGACCCAUCAACAAAUUGGACUCUUCUGAUCCCUUUAAACUGAAUGAUCCAUUUCAGCCUUUCCAAGGCAAUGAUAGCCCCAAAGAAAAAGAUCCUGAUAUGUAUUCUGAUCCAUUCACUUCUACUACUACCACUACCAAUAAAGAGGCUGACCCAAGCAAUUUUGCUAACUUCAGUGCUUAUCCCUCUGAAGAAGAUAUGAUUGAAUGGGCCAAGAGGGAAAGUGAGAGAGAAGAAGAGCAAAGGCUUGCCCGGCUAAAUCAGCAAGAGCAAGAAGACUUAGAACUGGCUAUUGCACUCAGCAAAUCUGAGAUAUCAGAAGCAUGAAGAAUUCUCUUGUCUUUUGUCAACAACACACUUUUCUUCUUCUUCAAUACUGAAGCUAUUUACCAUGUGUAUCAAAACUACCUAUGAGCAUGGGAAUACAAAGGUUUUGAGAAUCCUGUAAAUGUGACAAAAGUCUACUUUUUCUUCUCUAUUUCACAUCUGUCUUUUAUUUUUCUCCAAAAGCAGUAACUCAAUCAGACAGCUUCUCCUAGGCCCCCUGUUCUGGUGUGCGUUUAUUGUGAGCUUUUGACUGCCUGUGCUACUUUUACUUGUAAAGCUAGAUCACCCAAGCUUCUGCUUUCUGGAACAUAGAGAAAUAGUUUUACUCUCUGCUACCCUUGUUCUGUAGUUAUUCUGAUGAUAGCCAGAAGAUAUCUUAAUGUUUUCAGUAUUUUUCCUGGAUUUAAAUGGUUGGAGGGGAAGGGAAAAAAGAUUCUUUAUGAUUGGUACAAAUUGGCUAAAGUGCAUUUUUUAUUUCCCUAUAGUAAAAAUACUGUUUAAUUGGUUUUUUUAGCGAUAAGAAAUACAAAAUACUUUGCAUAGUUUAACUCCAGUAUUGGAAAGGGGUUGCAUUAGGUUGAACCAUUAUAGCUUGAAAUUCACAUUUUCCUAAAAUGAAAACAUUAAAGCCACAUAUAUGAAAUAUAUUUUUAGAAUAAUUUUCUCUGGACUUAAAGAAUUUUAGAUCAACGGAUACCUCUCUAUAUGUGUGCUAAUUAAUAAAAAUCAGUUUCUUACAAGAAUAAUUUAUUAAAAAAUUCAUUCACAUGCCACACAGUGGAGAAAACUUGUCACUUAAAAAAUAUCAGUAUGUGUUAGCAAAAAUGUUAAUAACAUGCAGCCCUUAUUCCUGUACUGUGGUACUAUUCUCUAGCUCAUGAUAGGUUUGUUCUUGAACUUUGCACAAGAAACUCUAGCAAGCUGGAACUGGAAGGUACUUCAUUUUUUUAUACAUGUUUUUGUUUUGUUUUGUUUUCCUUAAUGAAGGUUCAGCUACUUGAAAAAACUUCCACUGAAUACAAAUUGGAAAAGUGGCAUAUAUUAUAUCAUAUUGUAUUUUGUGUUCUUUGUGGUUUAGUUUAUCUACUCCUUUCAUGUUUUUCACCUAUAAAAUUGGCAAGCUAACAAAAAAAUAUGUUAAUUGGGGGAUUA